GCAAAUAUUUACUUCACUCUCUACCUCACUCCGUCUUUUAUAUGUUUCGUUUAGUCUUCUCAUGCAUUUUCAUCAACAAUAUAUAAUCCAUCGUCUUCCUUUUCUUCCUUCUCAGUAAAACAUACAUACCACAAUGGAAAGAAGACUAGCUUCUCUCCUUCUAUGGACUGUAAUUGUUGGGUUGGUUUCUCAAAACAUAGCUAUCCCUUUGACGUCUGCAGGCAAUGAAGAUCAGAAAACUUAUUACACUCCAGACCCACAUGCAGGAAGCCCCCCCUCAGAUUCACAUGGGUAUCCACCUUAUGGAACUCCACCACCUCAUGGUUCGGGAGAAAGCCAUGGAGGAAAACCACCCUCUCAUGGGCAUGGUGGUAAGAAACACAAGCCAAAACCAGGGAACUGCGGGAACCCACCAUACACUCCUACUCCGUCAAAACCUCCUACACAUGAUCCAACCCCAUCAACUCCAUCGAAGCCUCCUUCCGGUGGUGGUGGACAUCACAACCCUCCCACUGGUGGUGGUGGAUACUACAGCCCUCCAUCUCAUGAUCCCACUCCAACUCCAUCUACGCCAACUCCAUCUACUCCAACUCCAUCUACUCCAACUCCAUCUACUCCAACUCCAUCUACUCCAACGCCAUCUACUCCAACGCCAUCAACUCCUUCAGGUGGUGGUGGAUAUUACAGCCCUCCAUCUCAUGAUCCCACUCCAACUCCAUCAACUCCAACGCCAUCAACUCCUUCAGGUGGUGGAUACUACAGCCCUCCAUCUAAUGAUCCCACUCCAACUCCAUCUACUCCAACGCCAUCUACUCCUUCAGGUGGUGGAUACUACAGCCCUCCAACUAAUGAUCCCACACCAACUCCAUCUACUCCAACUCCAUCAACUCCGACGCCAACAACUCCAUCUACUCCAUCAGGUGGUGGAUACUACAGCCCUCCAACAUAUGAUCCCACUCCAGCGUCACCAACGACUCCAUCAACUCCUUCCGGUGGUGGUGGAUACUCUAGCCCUCCAACAUAUGAUCCUACUCCAACCCCAUCAACUCCUUCAGGUGGUGGUGGAUAUUAUAGCCCACCAACUUAUGAUCCUACUCCAUCAACUCCUCCAUCAGGUGGUGGUGGAUUCAAUAGCCCUCCAACUUUUGAUCCAACACCAUCAACUCCUCCUUCAGGUGGUAAUGGCUACUACAACCCUCCAACUUCUGGUACACCAUUCUAUGGAACCCCACCAACCACAUCAGCACCUCCUUUUGUUCCUGAUCCCAAUUCUCCCUUCACUGGCACAUGCAACUAUUGGAGGACGCAUCCAGGAAUAAUAUGGGGUUUGUUAGGCUGGUGGGGAACAAUGGGCAGUGCUUUUGGUAUAACAAACGCUCCAGGCUUCGGAGCUACUCUCAGCUUACCACAAGCACUCUCAAACACACGAACUGAUGGCCUAGGAGCACUUUACCGAGAAGGAGCUGCGGCUUUCCUGAACUCGAUGGUCAACAACAGGUACCCCUUCACAACCAAUCAAGUCCGUGAAAGUUUUGUUUCGGCAUUAAGCUCAAACAAAGCAGCAGCAGCACAGGCCCAGGUUUUCCAGAUGGCUAACGAGGGUAAAUUCAAGCCUAGAACCUGAAGCAGAAAAAAUUACCAUAUUUGUGAGUGCAUUAUGUCUAAGGUAGCAAGCCCCACAGUUUGUUUCUGUUGUUAAGUAUAUUACAUUUCCUUCCUGUCCCCCUUGUUCUAUUCGCUAGUCUACAGUGCGAUGGAUAUCAUAUGUUACAUUUUGAUA